GUCUUUGAGUGUGUUACGCACUUGGACUUGGACUCAGUGCUGAACACAGGAAAGAAGUGUUUUUAUUUUCCUAUUGUUUCCUAUUUAGCGGCCUAAAGCUGAGAAUGACUGCGACCCUCUUCAUCGUCGCCUGUGGCGUCUUCAUCUUACACAACGUACAAGGAGUACCCAGAACUGCUGCAUACAAGUUUGUGAAGUGUCGGCCUGAUGAUGACGGCGCAAACUGUGUGACUCACCAAAGUCCAGAGAUGGAGUGGAGUCCUGAACUGCCGACCAAACUCCCUGCUUCAACUGUACAAUACCUCGAUGCCCAGGCUGUAGAUGAAGAUGAGGAUCCUGUGAUGCUGAUGGAGGCAGUUGACGAUGGUUCUGGUUAUGAAGGCUCUGCUGGUCAGUUCCUGAUGGACUCAUUUGAUGUGAAUACAGAAAGCGAGAUGGGGUCUGGCGAGUCUUGGGCACCCAGAGACACAGAACAAUACAAAGUUGGGAGAGAAUACUCAGAGGCCUUCAGGCGGUUCCUCAGUGGGUCUCAGCUGGACCAGGAGAAACCAGCUGAGAAUGAUCUGGAAGAAGAUCACCUUCUGCAGCUGUAAAAUUGUCAACAUGUUGUACUUCCACACUUCAUACUAAAAAGCUUUUGCAUCAUCACAUAGCGGCGACACUUGCAAUGGCCCCGUCCAUAGCUGCAGGUGUGCUUUAACACAAGUAUACAAUGGAAUAUUGUAUGUUUUUAAAUACAGUUCAUGCAGCCCUCACAUUGCUGAUACUAAAAAAACGGAUCUAUUUUCUCUGACGUCUUCACCGCUUUACAUUUAGCCAGAAAGAAUUGUGUAAUAGUUUUAAGGGAAUUUGUGCUGAGCAAGACGAAACAUGACAAUGUUGCACAACACAACAGAUACUCUCAGGAAAAGAUGUGAGUCAUAUUCUAAGUUAUCAUCAUGUGAUAUUUUCUUAAACAACCAUCCAAACAAUAAAAGGUUUCAAUCACUUGAAAACAA